GAUACAAAGGAGGAGGUCUCAGAGAAACCAAAGCCUGCUCCAACCGCAGAGAAAUACGGCUGGGUUAAGAAAAGCAGUGGGGGGCUCCUCGGAUUGUGGAAGGAUCGUUACAUCCAGCUACGGAAAACCCAGCUCAUGGUCUAUGAGGAUGAGGAUGAACAGAAGUGCAUAGAAACGGUGGAGCUGGAGAGUUACGACAAGUGCCAGGAGCUACGUGCGCUACUGAAAAAGAAAAACCGUUUCAUUUUAAUCCGCGCCCCGGGUAAGAAGGUUCAUGAUAUCAAAUUUCAAGCUCCAACUUUGGAAGAAAAGGAAUCAUGGAUAAAAGCUCUUAAUGAAGGGAUCAAUAGAGGCAAAAACAAAAUAUUUGAUGAGGUGAAAGUAGAUGAGAGUCUUUCCUUGGACCACGUAACUCGGGACAGAGUGAAAAUGACCCACGGGCGGAGACCACCCACGAGAAGUCACCUGAAGGAGGCUGCCAAGUCUACAUCAGAUGGGAUCCUGCGACUAGAUCUGGAUAUAGUAGAUAGCGGACCGCCAACUUUUGAUUCCACUAUCAGCGAACAUGACAAUGCGCCAGCUCAGAAAGAAACUCCAAAGCCACCUAUGCCACCUACAAAACCCACUGCCACAAAAGAUGCAGAGAACAAUGUUCCUGAUGAGGAACAUCAGAAACCUCCGUCUCCUCUGUUGCCGCCAGAUCAGAAGCUUAAGGAAGGCGUAGAAUCAAAGGACAACGUAAAUGCCAAGGAAGAAGACUCUGUAAGCCCAGAGGAGAAUGUGGAAGGUUCCCAAACAGCAAGUGAGGAGAACAAAGAGAACCUCAUUGAGGUCAGCAACAGGGGCAUAGCAAAAGCUCCAGUUCCUCUUCCUAAGAAUGUGCCAGACAAGCUGAAAGUAGCUUGGGACCAACCAGUCUCUGUGCCUAAAAACACAGAAGACUUGAAAUCAUCACGAGGUAGUAGCAAAGACAACCUUGCUGAGAUUGCUGCUGCAGAUGUUACAAAGCCUCCUGUUCCUCCUAAGGUUCUGUCAGAAAAAAUACUAGCCACAGGGAACUCCAGCCAUGGUGACCUGGAAGCUGGGGGCUGGGAAGACCUGGAGUCUGGCAGCUCCAAGCCCCCAGUGAACGGGAUCGGAGCCAGUGAGGAAGCAGAGUUCACAUCCCCAGCCGUUGAAAAUGGAGAAGGAAAUGGGAGAACCUCUGCCAAGAAGGAAGAGCAGACUUCAGCAGAAGAGACAGAGACUUCCUUAGCUGCAGAAACAGGCCAUGAGAGCGUAAAAGCAACUAUUGAGAAGAAAGCAUCUGUAGAAAGCGCUUCAGUUCUCAAACUUCGCAGUUCUUCUCUGGGAGACUUGCUGUCUGAUUCCAGAAAUGCACAGAGAGCACUUCCAAACCAAGGUUUCCCCAAGGAUUCCCGCCACUGCUUAGCUGAAAUGGAGGAGAAAGUUUCUAAUGAAAGGGAAAAGGCAGAAAAACUUCUGCAGAAGGUUUUACGCGAAGGGCUGGAACAGGCCCAGGAGGGGAACGGACCCCCAGUGAUGGCAGAGACAUUGCUCAAUGAGGCAGUAGAACAACUUCGGCAAGCCACGCAAGUUUUGCAAGAAAUUAAAGGCCUUGGAGAACUGAAAAAAGAAGCGACACAGAAACAGAAAGAAAAGCAAAAGGAUCUAGUGACUCUUUACAGGAGAAGUGCUCCCUGA